AUCGUGACGAUUCAGGACCAGCGCUGAGGGAACGCAGGGUUUGGUGUUUGUGUCGACUUGUCUACUGUUGUUUGGGCCCGACGCCGUGAGAGGAAUGAGACUGGCGGCAGGUUGGCUGCUCGCCUCCAUCUGUGCGCUGCUGCUCGACACCCACCUCUGCCAUGCCAUCCGCUGGCUGGCUUUGUCCAGGACUGGACCCUCUCUACCCUUCAACCAGACCCAGAACUGUAAGCACUUGGAGGGUCUGGUUUCCGCCCAGCAGCAACUCUGCCGAAGCAACUUGGACCUCAUGCAGAGCAUUGUGCGGGCAGCUCGGGAGGUCCAGAAGACUUGUCGGAAAACCUUCACUGACAUGAGGUGGAACUGCUCCUCCAUCGAACUGGCCCCCUUCUUCCCACCGGACCUGGAGCGGGCUACCCGGGAGUCUGCCUUUGUCCACGCUCUGUCAGCGGCUGCCAUCAGCCACACGAUAGCCAGGGCCUGUACCUCAGGGGACCUGCCGGGCUGCUCCUGUGGCCCCGUGGCCCCCGAGGCGGCGGGGCCCGGCUUUCGAUGGGGCGGCUGCAGCGACAACCUCAACUACGGAAUCCUGCUGGGGUCCAAGUUCUCCGACUCUCCGAUGAAGACGAAAAAAUCCCGCUCGCAGGCGAACAAACUGAUGAACCUGCACAACAGCGAGGUCGGCCGACAGGCUCUGAAGGCAUCACUGGAGAUCAAGUGUAAAUGUCACGGGGUCUCAGGCUCAUGCUCGGUGAAGACCUGUUGGAAGGGCUUGCAGGAGCUCAGCUCCAUCGCCCAGGACCUCAAGCAGAAGUACCUGUCCGCCACUAGGGUGGUGCACCGGCCAGUGGGGACGCGCAAGCAACUGGUGCCCAAGGAUAUCGACAUCAGGCCCAUCCGCGAGACGGAGCUGGUGUAUCUGCAGAGCUCGCCCGACUUCUGCUCCAAGAACGUCAAGCUGGGCUCCAAUGGAACUCAAGAGAGGCAGUGCAACAAGACGUCCAAUGGCAGUGAUAGCUGCACCCUGAUGUGUUGUGGCCGCGGCUACAACCCCUACACAGAGAAGGUGGUGGAGAGAUGCCAUUGCAAGUACCACUGGUGCUGCUACGUUACCUGCAAGAAAUGCGAGAGGGUGGUGGAGAGGUACGUCUGCAAGUGAGCCCCUCGUCCCUGCCCCCCACCCCCCCCCACCACACUUCCUCCCUCCCCGCCCUCCCCCUCACACCCCUCCCACCACCAGCACCACCGAGGGUCCAUCACCUGCAAGCUUCCAUCAUCAACGCUCGCCGACGUAUGUGUGCGUGUGGAACGAGAGAUUAUGUGGAGAUCAUCUCGUGCGACCAAGUGGUCCUUCCUGUCACUGGACCGACAAGAGAAGGGCUGGACGGACGAGCGGCUGAGAUAUUAUUGACCGCUGCCCUUUGUGGUGGGUCUCUCUCUCUCUCUCUCUCUCCGGGAGGGGAGAGGGGGAAGUCCUCUCUCUUCAACCCCCCCCCACCUCCCCCGCGAGAAAAGAAAGGUCGCCAAGACUCAACGAGACUUCAAGAACCGCCACGUCCAUCUCUCUCUGGGUCGAAGAGGCGAGCAAAAGAAGGGUGAAAAGACGGGAGGAGAUUGGCAUCUGUGGGGAGAUGGGUAACGUCUGUUGGAAAGGCAGUGGAAGAAAUGGGGGAAGGCUCCACGCAGCAGAGCAUCAUGAGAAAACAUCUUGUAGGAGCUCCGAUUGGGAAUGUGUGCUCUGCUUCUGUCCACCAACUUUCCCCACCUGAACCUUUCCCGAAUGCAGGAGUUGCAAUUCCAAACGACAGAGGUUCGAGACUUUGGCAAUUUAAGUGGUCUUUGGCAAAGGAUUGUCCACGCCUGUGAUAAAUAUACUGUAUAUAUAUUUUUUUUGUAUUACUGGCUACAAAAUAAUUUUUCCACAAUCUGAAAAAAAAAAAUAAUAUUUAUGAAA